AUGUCGCCGGCGUCCGCAACUAGCUUCGGGACCACACCCCCGCGAGCAACGCCAGCGCGGAACGACUUCCAUCAAGUCGGGUCGGUGGCAGGUCCUGGUCUUAUCAACAGUCAUAAACCACGUCGUGCACCCAAUGUCGUGUUCAGCCCAUAUAAAUUGGCGAGGCGGCGCAAGUUCAAUAGUCCGCUCCUGAUUGGGGUCGCGCUCCUGUUCUUCAUCUUUUGGUCCAGCCUCAAGUCGACAAAUCCGACAGGCACACCCUCGCUCUGGAAUAGCUCGACGUGCGACGAGCCAUCUUGGAAGUUGCUGCCGCGUUGGAUCCUACCGGGCAGAACACCCAACAGCAACAGUCGCUGCUUGUCGAGAGCUCUGCAGAGACGAACCGACCGGCCUAUCUCCGACGACUUCAAGCUCUCGGACAAUGCCCUACCGAUCCAUUUUGUUCACGAGAAGAUCCACUUUCACAAUACUCCCAUCUCUGCGCAUCGACCGGCUUCCAACCAAUUCAUGCUGGCUCCUGACGUGGCCAAGUCGGGUCAGCUACGUCGGAACGCGCCAGUGCUCUCCAUCAUCACUGCGACUCAAAACCCCCGCAGCCUCAUGCUCGAAACCGCGCAGACUGUGCUCGGCCAGAGCUUGCAGAACAUCCAGUGGGUCAUUGUCGAUGAUCAUUCGAACGAGACGGACUCGCUCGCCAUGCUCGCCAGUAUCGCCAAAGAUCCUCGGGUGGUCAUUCUCAAGAACACGGGCGAUCGAGGCCUCGCUGCCAGCCGCAACGUGGCCUUGAACUGGCUGCUCAGCAAGAGUCGCAUCGCUGCAGGUCUACAACCUCGCUAUAUCGCCAGUUUAGACGACGAUGACCUGUACGAGCUUACAGCUCUCGAAAAGGUGCGCAAGCAUGUUUCCCCACCUUUUCCCGGCGUUCUAGAGCCAUGCUCCCAAAACGCUCCGAGCUGACCCAGCUGGCUCACAGACCGUGUGGAUGCUGGAGUCCAACCCAGAAUGGGAUCUUGGCGGUUUCCAUGUCAUCAAGUUCAACGCGAACAACGAGACUAUCGUCCAAGGCGUUCACUCUGGAUCAGCCAAUUUUUUCAACGUAAGUUGAGCGCUUUUACUCCGGCCAGUCUACAGUCCGUGUCACAGCAGGGAGCGGCAGGCUGAGAGCGUUCAAAAACCUUUCGCAGGGCAACUUUGUGCCAAACGCCGCGGUUUACACAUCCAGGGCCAUUGUCAAUUCGGGCUGUCGAUACGACGAUGUGAACUUCGCUGUAGGGGGAGAGGAUUGGGACUUCUGGAUGUGUUUGGCGGAGGUGAGAGCAUCCCUCUGGCGGUUUGCGAGUUUCAUCGAGUGGAUCCCACUCACAUGCGUCCUAUCGCAUUUGGCACCUGCGGACAGAACGGACACUGGGGUGGGAGUGUUCCCGAGCCUCUCUACUGGUAUCGAGGAAAUCCUGCGACGUUUCGUCAAUCACGAUGGGGCAACAUGUUUGUAAACGGGUUUUCGGAUCUGAAGCGGCGUAUCGAGAAAAAACAUCCGGCGCUCUUGACGAGUGGUACGUUCCCUGACAUUGCGGCCAGACCAUCGAGGCAGCUGGAGCCGAUUCGGUGGGACGCCCCAUUCGAAUCACACCUCGCGCGUUUCACCAAGGCGGUCAUGUUCGUCGUGCCGUGGCUCUACAUCGGGGGGGCCGACAUUGGGGCUCUCCAUCAAAUACAGCUUUUCGCUGAGCGCGGGUAUCGCGUCACUGUUGUCUGCACGCUGUACAAGAACCCCGAGGGACUCGAGCUGCGUCCUGCCGUCCUUCAAUUUACCCACGAUGUCCACGUGGUCCCGAGCUUUCUGCGCGCCAACGACAUUCCACGUUACAUCAAGUACCUUGUGCAAUCUCGCGGCAUCGACGAAAUAAUCAUGAGCAACUCGCAGCUCUUUUACGAGAUGUUGCCGGCAUUGGCGGAGCAAAUGCCACACGUCAAAAUGAUUGAUGUAAGUUAAGCUCGCGACGACCUUUCGAGUUGCGUUCGACACAUGACUCAUUCGAGCUUGACGUCUGCUACGCAGUAUCUUCAUAAUGAAGCGUACGACGGCUGGAAGUCCGGUGGCUACCCUACUCUUUCCGUGAUCACUCAGCGAUUCCUAUCCCGGACGGUCACCUGCUCGUCGUAUCUACGUGAUUGGCUCAUUGCACGGGGCCACGACGCCGGAUCGAUCGGUGUCGUCAAACUUGGCAUACAAGUCGGUGAUUUUGUUCCUGCAACCCCGUCUGAACGCGCUGCCGCAAAACGGGAUGCUCUCGAAAUCGACCCGCGCACGACGGUCAUCACCAUCGUCGGCCGUCUAGACCCCCAAAAGCGACCAACACUUGUCCCGCUCAUCGCUGACACCUUGCGGCGUAUCGGGCAGUACAAGCCUGGCGACUUCAUCAUUCUGAUGGUUGGCGAUGGCGCACUCAAAGGCGAAGUCGCAGCGAGAAUCGGCCAAAACAAGGUCAAAGAUUACGUGCGGGUGUUGGGAACGGUUGGGAAGCCUCAACAAAUCUUGGCUGCGACGGAUAUUUUCCUUCUCCCUACAAUGGGCGAAGGAAUCUCUAUUGCCGUCGCGGAAGCUAUGGCCAUGGCUUUGCCUGUGGUGUCUGGUCGUGUCGGCGCUUUGCCCGAACAGCUCGGUGCCGUGGAUCAGAACGCUCCGGAAGCCGCUGGAGUUCUGAUCGAGCAAACGAUGGACGACAAGAUGGACGCGCCUCUGUAUGCGUACGAGCUUCAUCGUCUAAUCGGGGAACCUAACUUGAGACGCGAGUAUGGUGCUCAAGGACGACGACUCGUCGAAACAACCUUCGACUGGCGACAAACUCUAAUGGGACUUUUUGACGAGAUCAAGCUCGCCAGGCUGCCCUCGUCCAAACGUGACUUACACACCCCAAAUCCCGCUGCGUACUUCGCAUUACAAACCUUGCUGUUAGAGAACGGAAAGGUGAGUGACGGUUCGAGAGGCGGAUCGUGUUCAGAUCUCGUGAAUGCUUGCUGAAUACAGACUGGGAUGAUAGGAAACGGACUUCGCCGUUGCUCAGAAUGCCCUCAGGAUGCCCAGACGGACAGGCUUCGGCCGAGAGCUCCAAGAUCGAUGCGGCGAGUCAACGAAGGCACUGACGGAAUGGAUCAACUCGCUGGUCAAGCCAACGGCUUGCAAUAAGCGCGAUGUGCUCGAUGUCGAGUCUCUCCAGGCCAGCGCCAAAUAUCAAUGCUCCGCUUGGUGGGUUCACUUCUCUGCAGCGCGAGCACUCUUUCAUUUGUCAUAUUUCUACCUUGCCAAAAACGUUCAUUUCGCUUGCAGGUGCAUCUUUGACUUGACGACAACUGAGCAUGCUGGGUGGUCAUUCAACGGCGCGUGCUUCGACCGAUUCGAUGAAGAGAAUCAGGGAUGGUGCAGACAGUAGGUCAAGGUCGUCCUCGUCCGGGCCCAGACUGCCAGAGCUCCUUGCUGACACGCGUUUAAACCUCAGGUUUUGGAGCAACAGGCCCGCAGACAUCAAACUACCAAAGGUGUCAGCUAGUCGGAAUCCGACGUGA